CUGGGGCUCGGCUCUCUGGACAUGUAGCAGCCGCGACGGCGGCGGCCCUGGGACAAGCAGCCCCCUGCCUAUGCUUCCCGGCCUCCAGCCGCACCCCCAGCGCAAAGUUAGACUAUGGCUCGGAACAUCUCUCUGAAUUUUCGCGUGGUGGAGGGCCGGGACCUGCCAGCCAAAGACGUGUCCGGCAACAGUGACCCCUACUGCAUUGUCAAGGUGGACCAUGAGGUGGUAGCCAGGACAGCAACUGUGUGGAGAAACCUGAAUCCAUUCUGGGGGGAAGAGUACACCCUGCACCUGCCACUGGACUUCCAUCAUCUGGCCUUCUAUGUUCUGGAUGAAGACACCAUUGGACACGAUGACAUCAUUGGCAAGAUCUCACUGAGCAAGGAGACCAUUGCAGCAGCAAGCCCCCGAGGGAUUGAUAGCUGGCUCAAUCUGAGCCACGUGGACCCAGAUGAGGAAGUGCAAGGGGAGAUCCACCUAGACGUCAAGCUGUUGGCGGAAGCCCAGGGACCUCGGCUCCGCUGCCACAUCAUUGAGGCUCGAGACCUGGCUCCCCGAGACCUCUCCGGCACCUCGGACCCCUUUGCCCGCAUAUUCUGGGGCAGCCAGAGCCUUGAGACGGUGACUAUCAAGAAGACGCGGUUCCCCCACUGGGAUGAGGUGCUAGAGCUUCAUGGCGAGGAGGGCCCGCUCCGAGUGGAGGUGUGGGAUUGGGAUAUGGUGGGCAAGAAUGAUUUCCUGGGAAUGGUGGAGUUUCCUCCUGAUGUCCUGCUCCAGUGUCCCCCCAGUGGCUGGUUCCGUCUUCUCCCCUUUGCCAGUGCUGAAGACGAUGCUGGGGGUAAGCUGGGAGCCCUGCGGCUCAAGGUGCGCCUGGCUGAGGAACGCAUCUUGCCUUCUGUGUAUUACCAACCCCUGAUUGAGCUGCUGGUGGAAUCUGUUAUGUCCCCGGCCCAGGAUGAUGCCAUGACCCCUUUGGCCUUGCUGGAUGAAGUGAGUUCUGGGGAGAGCCGGCAGGACAUUGCAACCCAACUGGUGAAAAUAUUCCUGGGUCGGGGUCUGGCUGUUCCUCUCCUGGACUACCUCAAUCUUCGGGAAGUGUCCCGGACCACGGAUCCCAAUACCCUCUUUCGCUCGAACUCUUUGGCCUCCAAGUCCAUGGAGCAGUUCAUGAAGUUGGUGGGCAUACCUUAUCUCCAUGAGGUCCUCAAGCCUUGUGUCAACCGCAUCUUUGAGGAGAAGAAAUACAUUGAGCUGGACCCAUGUAAGAUAGAGCUGACCCGGACCAGGAGAAUCUCCUUCAAAGGCACCCUGUCAGAGGAGCACGUGCGGGAAAACAGCCUGGGGCUGCUGAUUGGAUACCUGGGAGAGAUCCUGGAAGCCAUUGUGGGCUCAGUGGACAGGUGCCCUCCGGCCAUGAGAGCGGCUUUCAGACAGCUGCACCAGAGGGUGGAGGAUCGCUUCCCUGAGACUGAGCAUGAGGAUGUGAAGUAUGUGGCCAUCAGUGGCUUCCUCUUCCUCCGGUUUUUUGCUCCUGCCAUCCUCACCCCAAAGCUCUUUGAUCUCCGGGACCAGCAUGCUGAUCCCCAGACUGGCCGUUCCCUGCUGCUACUUGCCAAGGCUGUACAGAGCAUUGGCAAUCUGGGCCAGCAGCUGGGCCGGGGAAAGGAGCAAUGGAUGGUCCCCCUGCAUCCCUUUCUUCUCCAGAGCAUCAUCCAGGUGAAGGCUUUCUUGGACAAGUUGGUAGACAUUGAUGCUGAAGGUGCUCUGGAGGCGCAGCCACGACUCCUGUUCCCCCCAUCUGCGGUCAUUAAGGAAGGCUACCUGCAUCUUCGGAAGGCAGAGGCUGGGGCCCUUGUCCCCCGCUUUGCCUUCAAGAAGAGGUACUUUUGCCUUAGCAGUGAGACCUUCUCCUAUUCCAAGGCUCCUGAGUGGCAGGUGCGGACCUCCAUCCCGGUGUGUAGGAUCUGUGCCGUGGAGAGGGUGGAUGAGAAUGCCUUCCAGCAGCCGCACAUGAUGCAGGUCAUCACAAAGACCAGGGACGGGCAGCUGGACACCAUGUACAUUCAGUGCAAGAAUGUGAAUGAACUGAACCAGUGGUUGUCGGCCAUCCGAAAAGCCAGUGUCUGCAAUGAGGGCAUGCUGCCCUCCUGCCACCCAGGGGCUUUCCGAGGCAACCGCUGGACCUGCUGCCUCCAGCAAGAUCGCACAGUCCAGGGCUGUAGCCGCACUCACUCAGCUGUGACCCUUGGAGACUGGAGUGACCCCCUGGACCCUGACGCAGAGGCUCAGAUGGUGUAUCGGCAGCUGCUUUUGGGAAGGGACAAGCUCAGGAAGAAAUACAUUGAGUUUUCUAAGGAUGAGAUCAAGCUGGAACAGGAAGUGACACAAGGCCAGAGUGGCCCAGGAGGAGAGGGAUCUGCUGUCCCUGAGCAGGAAAGGCCCCCCACAGCUGCAGCUGCUGCCCAUCUGCUGGCUGUGAUUGAAGACCUGGAGCAGGCCCACAAGACCUUUGAGCAGCAAGAAAAGGAGCAACCAGCUCGAGGGUCCCUUCGUUCCUAAGGUCUCCAUCCUUCAGUCCAGGACCGUCCUCUCCCCAUAGUCCUGGGACAUUUUUUAUCAGGGAAGGGAGAGCCUAAGUCCAAUGAAUAGGAAAGGGCAGGAGCCCAGAAGACAGCUGGCCUGGCCUUGUCUCUCCUCAGGGCCGCUUCCUGACUCUUCUUGCCCUCCCCCUUACUCACUGCUUGGCUACCCUGAGACGCUGAACCUGGAGGCUCCCUUGCUGUAGAUGACACCUCCAGCUCCCCGGUUGCUGUCAAGGCCGAGGUACCCGGCGCCAUUGGCCGAGGAGGCCGGAAGGUUUCUCAGAUGGCCCACAGCCCACACUGGCCUUGGGGUGCCCUCUGGGUUGCCGUCCAGGGUAUGGUGCUGAGACUUUCCCCUUUACCCAUAGCCCCACUCUGAGUUGAAGGUCCUGUGCCCCAGCUAAUGGGUACCAUCUUGGAAUGGAGCAGAAAGCCAGGCUCCAUCCGGAGAAGCAGAGAAGACCGGGCUCCCUCUGGGGCUCGUCGAUCUAAGGAACCUCAAGAGUCAUCAGGUUCGAUCCCUCGUUUUACAGAUGAGGAAACUGAGCCUAGGAAGGUUGAGUGACUUGGCCACAGGUAGUAAGAGCUGGAGUCAGGUUUUGAAUAGAGGUCUUGACUCCAGAGCCAGGGACAGACUCCUGGGAACUAGGCAUGUCACUCCAAGAGGGGGACGAAGCAGGAUUUGGACCCUGAUUGGUGUCUCCAGGAGUGGAGAUGGGCUAGCAUGGAAUCAUUCCCACUCUCCCUUGAGAGACAUGGCCUCCACUGGCAGGGAGCCGCAGUGGGGUAAUAGAGCUUUUUCUAACCGUUCCAGAUGGGGCACAAACCUCUGUUUCCUCAACAAACCAGUCACCUAUAAGUUGAUCGAACCAGUCUGACCCCCAUAAGCGGUGGUGGUCCAAGGCUGUGAGAAGUGGAUACUUUUGCAGCCAUUUUGACCUGUUAGCCCACCCUCAGUAGUUGCUCAUGGACCCUCUGGCCCCAGGCAGCCCCGUUCUGUGUGUUUGAACCUCGCUCCCCAGUCUCAGCCUGAUCGUGAAAUCCCAGAUUGGGAAGAAACGUUCAGAGGCCGUCUCUUCUAACCUAUCUCCAUACAUGGUUCUGAUACUCCACAACAUCCCAGACAACAUUCUUCUCUUGGAGACCUUCAGUGAUGGGGAGUUCACUAUCUCCCAAGGCAACCCAUUCCUUUCUGGAUUGAUAUCAUUGUUAGCAAGCCUUUCUUAACAUUGAGUCAAAAAAUGCCACUUUGGAACUUUACAUUCUGGCCCUCUGCUCCAAGUUUUCCCCUUUGGGGACUAGCAGGACACAUCUAAUCCCUCUCAGUUCUUUAUAUACGUAAAGACCACAAUCAUGUCCCCUUUAUGUUGUCUCUUCUCUGGGCUAAACCUUCCCAGUUUUUUCAAUCAGUCCCUGUAUGGUCCAAUCCUUUAUUUCUCGUUAACCCAUUAUGGGGCCUGCCUUUGGACCUUGGUGGCCGAUACGAUGCCUGCUCUGCAUGAACCUUCUCAGUUCUAGGUGGCUAACCUUGGGAAGGGGAAGGAGAGGGUGCUUCCUCCCCCAGCCCCAACCAUAAGCCUCUAGUGUUGGUAGCAGAUAUUGCUGGUCUGUAGAGGUUCUGGGACUUACCCACUCAUCCAGAAUCUUUCAUGAAUCAGUUUUGGGGAAUGACCUUGCCCUAUUCUCUAUCAAUUAGGGGUUCCUCCCAUGACCUGUUGUGCCUGGAUGGGCCCGAGCUAUAACUUGGGAUUGAAGUUAGAAACAAGGGUGAGGCAGCCCAGUCUUCCUAGACUGAGAAGAUUGAGGGUGAGGAUGGGGAUAUUGCCUUCCAGAAGAUUCUAGGAUUUAGAAUUGAGAGAAGGCAUUAGCAAUUAUUUAGUUCAGUCCCCUUAGUUUAUAGGAUAAACAGGGUCAGGGUCACAUAGGUAGUAAAUGAGAAUUUAAAUCCAGGUCCCAUGACUCCAAAUCCAAUGUCUUGUCUCUACACCAUGCUAAGUCAAAGCAGAGAUUCUGGAGUCUGAGAUUUGACUCUACCAAAGAAAAGACCACAAGAUGGAUAUGGAGAGCGUUGGAGAAUCCCAGAGCUAGACAGGACCCCAGAUUGAGGGAUGCCUCAACCAAUCGGUGACCCAGUACCCCCGGUCCUCCUCAGGAGUUGGGCUUGAAAAAGGGAAGAGGAGAUUUAGCUUUAUUGGGGGAGGGGUGGGGCAGUAGAGCCUAGGAGGGUGAGGUCCCACGUGCUCCUUCUGCCCAACUUCAGAGCCACCAGAAUAAGGUGCAGUUUUACCUUUGGCCACUAAGGGGAGCUCAGCUCCACUCCCUGAUUUGAGAUUUUGUCGUUCCCAGAGCCUUCCCCAGAUAAGCUAGGGUACUUUAGAGGUAGGGCAAACGACCCUACAAAGGAAAGCCAGGAAGCUCAGAAGGUUUCAGCUAAAGGAGCCUCCCAGAUGUAGGCUAAGGGGUGACGUGACUGGCAUGUGUUUUUGUGGCCGUUUGGGGAAGGGACCCUAAAAACAUUUUUCUGGGUGGUGGCUUAGCUCUCCUACUCCCCCUAAAUAUGCCUGCUACAGUUGGUGAGCUUAUGCAGGGGACAGGAAGGUGCCCUGUGAGGGGUGAGCAAAGGGAGGGGCUGCUGCCAACUCCUGUUCUCCCUCAGUUCUCUAGGGACCACAGCCCUAGGAGGGAUCCCUGCCCUGCCUUUCCUUUCUCUUUUCCAACAUCCUUCCAAACAACAUUUAUUAAGCACUUACUAUGUGUGCAAUUUCAGGAGCCCCCUUGGCCCCAGGCUUACCAAGAGAAAAUACCCUGGGGCUAGUGGGACAGGACUGAGAAGCUCAGGGAUGUAAGGGGCCUCAGAAGACAUAUAGUCCAAUCUCCUCAUUUUAUAUAGUAGGUUCAAUAAACGUGCUGAGUAACUGAAGGGAAUGGAUGAAUGGAUGACAAGUGAGUUAAUGUAUGGAAACUUGGCUCUGUGUGUAUACGGUGGGAGGGGAGUUGAAGAAAAGAGAGAAUGUGGAUCCACAUCUUUCUCUAGGACUGACAAGGGAGGGUGCAGAUUUCACUUAAUAUGAUUUGUUGACUCCAGGAUUUUCCAGGGGUCUACUGAACCCCCAGGGGCUAGUAACUUUCUCAGUCUGGAGCUAGGAUCGCUGCGCCACCUUGUGGUCUUGCUCAGAACUGCACUUUCCCCAACAUACGAUCUAGGCUGUGUUUUGCUCAGUGGGGCAGCAAUAUCUACCCCACUCCCUUCCCCAAAUCCUGAUAAGCCCACUUCCAGAGGACAAGGGAGUGUGAUGGAACCUUCUUCCUCACACCCAUUCUCCAAUCUUUACCAAUGGGAAGACAACAUGGGGAGGAGAAAGGCGAUUUAUUUCUCCACCCAGAGUGGGACUGGUGGUUCAUUUGAAAGAGCAAUUGCUGACAUCCCUUUAACUCCUGGCCGACUUCCACAAUGGCAGCCAAUCGACAGAGGCAGAGCUGGUGAGUUGCCUAGGCAACAGGUGCCUGGUUGGCUGGGAGCUGUUAUAUCUUUGGAUUUCCCAACACCAAAAGAAAAAAAAAAUAAUAAAGAGAGAGAAAGAAGUUAACUCUUUGUCACCCACUCUCCUUUUUAAGGGUUUUCAUGGUAGGGAGGUCUCAUCUGAGUCCCUACCCCCCCCCACCCCCAGUGAGUGAUUGGCUCCAGGAUGGGGCUUACACUUCUCAAAAGGGAUGGCUCAGAAAUCCCACAGUUGGGAUGGAAA